AAUAACAUCUUUAAAUAACGCUGACGAUUGGAUUUGUUAUGGAAUUAAUAUCAAUUAGAGACCUCUUAGCUACUACUAAUAGAAGAACGCUUCCACAGUUAGACCCUAUUCUCACGCUUCCUUCUUCUUCCUUUCCAUUCCAACUCUCACACUUCACACACACAAACAUUCACACCUCAUUUCAUUCCUUCAUCCAUCAAUCUUAUUUUCUUUACGCUGACCGACCACGGUCCCACAUUCCUCACGUUCAGGACUGAACAUCUGAAAGACGAACAAACCUGAUUCAGAUAACAAACAUCUUGAUUAUAUUUUGGUCAGAUAUAGAAAGGACUAAUACAAAGUACAAAGUGAUUGUGAAUUUGUGAUCUCACACAAAUACAUUUGAUUGGUGCUUUGUGAUGCAAUUACAAUGGUAGAGAGAAAUGCUUCUGCCAUUAAGGUUGUUUCAAGAAAAUCAUUAUGUUUCUUUUUCACAACAACAACAUUAUUAUUCAUCAUGUCAUGGCUUUUCGUUCUUCGUUCAACGCGCUCCGAUUCAACACAAGACGCCAUUUCACAGCUUAUCUCCACCACAUUUGAUAACUCCGGUUCCGAAUCAUCAUCUCAAUCGCAAAACUCUGAAUCCUCGUUCAACAAUAGAGCAAUUCUUGUAAACACCAAAACACAAACACAUGAUAUACCAAAAUGCAACACUGACACAACCACAUCAAAUGACAACAACAAUAGCAACAACAGCAGCAUCAUCAUCAUCAACAAUAACAAAGUUGUUUUGAAAGUUUUCAUGUACGAUUUACCUUCGGAAUUUCAUUUCGGAUUAUUAGAUUGGAAAGGCGACGAAAAAAGAAAAAUUGUUUGGCCUGAUAUGAAAACCAAUGUACCACAUUAUCCUGGUGGUUUGAAUUUACAACAUAGUAUUGAAUAUUGGCUAACAUUAGAUAUUCUAGCAUCAGAAUUUCCAGAAACUUAUCCGAACAAUGCUAGAACUGUAAUCAGAGUUAAGAACUCAAGUGAUGCUGAUGUUAUAUUUGUGCCAUUUUUUUCAUCUUUGACUUAUAACAGAUACUCGAAAACAGGUCCGCACGAAAGGAGGAGUAGAAACAAGGUGUUGCAAGAGAAGUUGGUUAGGUAUUUGAUGAGUCAAGAGGAAUGGAAAAGGUCUGGUGGAAGAGAUCAUUUGAUUUUGGCUCAUCAUCCUAAUAGUAUGUUGGAUGCUAGAAUGAAGUUGUGGCCUGCAACUUUUAUUUUGUCUGAUUUUGGAAGAUAUCCUCCUAAUAUAGCGAAUGUUGAGAAAGACGUGAUUGCGCCGUAUAAACAUGUUGUUGGUUCUUAUGUUGAUGAUCAAUCUACCUUUGAUAGCAGAAAAACUUUGCUUUACUUCCAAGGAGCUAUUUACAGAAAAGAUGGAGGCUAUGCUAGACAAGAACUAUUUUAUCUUCUAAAAGAUGAAAAAGAUGUACAUUUUUCAUUUGGGAGUGUUCAAAAAGGCGGAGUGAGGAAAUCAACAGAUGGAAUGCGCUCAUCCAAAUUCUGCCUCAACAUAGCCGGCGACACACCAUCAUCAAAUCGCUUAUUUGACGCCAUUGCAAGUCACUGUGUUCCUGUAAUAAUCAGUGAUCAAAUUGAGCUUCCAUAUGAAGAUGUUCUUGACUACUCCGAGUUCUGUAUAUUUGUUCGAACAAGAGACGCUCUUAAAAAGAAGUUUCUGAUAGACUUCAUGAGGAGUAUUGGCAAAGAUGAGUGGACAAGAAUGUGGAACAGGUUGAAAGAAGUUGAAAAAUUCUUUGAGUUUCAGUUCCCUUCUAAGGAAGGUGAUGCUGUACAAAUGAUUUGGCAAGCUGUUGCGCGUAAGGUUCCGUUUAUAAAGUUGAAAACAAACAGGUCUAGGAGAUUUUUUAGGUCUGUUUAUGGUAAUAAAGAUAAGGGACAUAAAUCUAUACCUGCACCAGCUAAUUUUUGGUGAUAUAUAAGGUUGGUACAUGAGGUUUUGUCUUUAGAAAUGCAACAAAGUUUUUAUAUAUACAAUAUAGUUGUGAUUUUGAUAGUGACUUCGACAUUGUAUUGUUCAUACAUGAUGACUUAUGAUAUAGGAAAGAUGAUUUUGGAAAUUAUAUGAUUUCAGUAUUGGUUGGAAUUGAGGGUAUAAUAUACAAUGAAAAUUUGUUUUGUUCUUUAUUUGAACAAACAUGUACAUGUUAUUUAGAUUUUUAUGUAGCAGCUGCACAAUCUAUUCUUAUCUAAAAAUUUGUUUUGUUCUUU